AUGAAAUCAGUUACAGUUCUCUUGGUUGCUUUGUUCGUUGCCUUGGCCGUUGCCGAGCCAUACUACUACUAUAAACGUGAUGCCGAAGCGUCCCCCUACUACUACUAUAAACGUGAUGCCGAAGCAUCUCCCUACUACUACUACAAGCGUGACGCCGAGGCCACCCCCUACUACUACUACAAGCGUGACGCCGAGGCCACCCCCUACUACUACUACAAACGUGACGCCGAAGCCACCCCCUACUACUACUACAAACGUGAUGCCGAGGCCACCCCAUACUACUACUACAAACGUGAUGCCGAAGCCACUCCCUACUACUACUACAAACGUGAUGCCGAGGCUACCCCAUACUACUACUACAAGCGUGAUGCCGAAGCCACCCCAUACUACUACUACAAGC